GUGGUGGUGGGCGCCUACGACCAGGACGCACCCGGCCCUGAUCAGCAGGAGCUGAAAAUCGAGAAGGUCUUCAAGAACCCCAAGUUCAACAUGCUGACCAUCCACGACGACAUCACCCUGAUCAAACUGGCCACUCCUGCUCAGCUGUCGGAUCGCGUGUCCCCCGUCUGCCUGCCCAAGGCCACUGAUGAAUUCCCAGGGGGAAUGACCUGUGUCACCACCGGCUGGGGGCUCACUGACCCCAAUGCCUCUCACACUCCGGCCGUGCUGCAGCAGGUGGCUCUGCCCCUGCUCACCAACACCCAGUGCAAGGAGUUCUGGGGUUUCCGCAUCCGCGAUGUGAUGGUCUGUGCCGGCGCCGAUGGAGCCACUUCCUGCAUGGGCGACUCUGGGGGCCCGCUGGUGUGCCAGAAGGACGGCGCCUGGAACCUGGUGGGCAUCGUCUCCUGGGGCAGCAGCACCUGCGACACCGAGACUCCUGCCGUGUACGCCCGUGUCACCAAGCUCCGUGACUGGAUCGACUCCAUCCUGGAGGCCAACUGAGGCCCGCAAUAAACGAUUCCACCCCCCCGA